CGCCACCCACCAGCAACGCACCUCCACGGCCCCACGGCGAGCCCCGAGCCCCGUGCGCGCGCGACCAGCUAGCCAGCAGCCACUACCCGCCGACAUGAUCACUGGGGCUCUGCAGGUCGCCGCCGGCGGCCAGCCGCUCCUGCUCACCCGUCGGGGCCAGCAGCGGCGCCGGGUGUUCCGGCCGCCCCAAGCAGUGGCGUCCGACGCCGCUGCCGCCGCCACGGCGAACGAGGAGGGCGGCAAAGUGGCGCUGGGCGGGUCCGGCGUCGCCGUCACCAAGCUCGGCGUCGGGGCCUGGUCCUGGGGCGACACCACCUACUGGAACGAGUUCCAGUGGGACGAUAGGAAACUGAAGGCCGCUAAAGGAGCAUUUGACGCGAGUAUCGACUGUGGAAUAACCUUUUUUGAUACUGCUGAAGUGUAUGGAGCAGGGAUAUCAGGAGCGAUUAAUUCAGAAAGUUUACUAGGAAGAUUUAUCAAGGAAAGGCAACAGAAGGAACAGGUAGACGUGGCUAUCGCGACAAAGUUUGCAGCUCUUCCAUGGAGGUUUGGUCGUGGGAGCGUCAUUUGUGCGUUGAAGGCCUCGUUGGAUCGCCUUGGCGUCUCUUCAGUUGAGCUCUACCAACUUCAUUGGCCAGGGAUAUGGGGCAACGAAGAUUACCUGGAUGGCCUUGGAGACGCUGUCGAGCAGGGCCUUGUAAAGGCUGUUGGAGUCUCAAACUACAGCGAAAAACGUCUCCGGGAUGCCUACCAGCGCCUCAAGAAGAGGGGGAUUCCACUCGCUUCGAACCAAGUGAAUUACAGUCUGAUAUACAGGAACCCGGAGGAAAACGGGGUGAAGGCGGCUUGCGAUGAGCUUGGCGUUACUCUAAUCGCUUAUUCCCCAAUCGCCCAAGGUGCUCUGACAGGAAAAUACACUCCGGAGAAUCCCCCUAAAGGUCCUCGAGGACGGAUAUACACACCAGAGUUCCUGACAAAGCUCCAACCACUUAUCAACCGGAUCAAGGAGAUUGGAGAAAGCUACGGGAGGACUUCAACCCAGGUGGUGCUGAACUGGCUGGUGUGCCAGGGCAACGUGGUGCCGAUCCCUGGCGCCAAGAACGCGGAGCAGGCCCGGGAGUUCGCAGGCGCGCUGGGGUGGAGCCUCACGGCCGACGAGGUGGAGGAGCUCCGGUCCAUGGCGCGCCAGGUGAAGCCCGUCAUCGGCUUCCCGGUGGAGAAGCUGUGAGCGGUCGGUUCAGCUGGGAGUUUUGGUCACCGCCGCUCAUCAGAAAACCUCAUGGCAGUGACACCAGGCCAGUGUAGUAGUGUAUAGUAGGACUAUAGGUAGAUGGACAAAGCGUACCACUUCCAUUGCAAGACUGCAGACGAUGUAUUCUACUGUACUGUACGUAAUGUAACAGCGAAAUUCAACAGCAUAGUGUAGUACUCUCUCCGUCGUCCUUAAAGAGUGUCGCAACCAGGGAAAUUCAACAGCA